CUUCUUUUAACUUUAAUGGUGGAUAUUGAACUUGGUAUACCUUGUUGAGGAAGUUUUUGUGCAAACUAUUUAUUUCCUUUGCAUAGAAAAUGAUGGAGAGCAGCUUUAGUGCCAUAGAAGAGGGUCUUGAUUUGGUGGAGACUGUGUUUUCUUGGACUCCCAAGGAUGUUCUCAAUGACAACCUCUGCAAACACAAGGUAAGGAAGAUUCCACUGACAUUUUUGUCAAUAACAGAUUACUUGAACUCCUUCAUUCCUUCACUGAUUGAAGAGACUCGUAGCGACCUGUCUUCAAGCUUGAAAGGCGUGUCAAAGGCUCCCUUUUGUGAAAUCUCGAGCGUUGCACUUGAAAGGCAUACCGAUAACUUUUUCUACCAAAUUGCAGUGAACAGAACCAGCAGUGAUGAGGAUGGAAAAUAUGAACCUGAGGUUGGAGAUCUCAUUGCCUUCACAUAUUUUAAACCAAAAACCUUAGAUGACUUGAUCAGGUCCAAAAGAAACUACCAUAUUGGUUAUGUUCAUGGAAUAAAAGAAAGUAUUGACAGGAUCUCAAUACUCUCAUCCAAAAGCUUUGACAGUGCACCGAAUCUUUAUGCCAAGAGUAGCACAGAUGAACGAAAGCUUUACGCCUUCUGUCUUUUGAACCUUACAACAAAUGUUCGAAUUUGGAAAGCUUUGAAACUGCAGCUGGAGGGUUCAAGCUUGAGCAUGAUGAAGAAAGUGCUGCAAGCUGACUCAAAGAAUGGAGAAACCUGUCAACUUUGCUUUUCUGGUGAAAACGAUAGUGCAACUUGUUCUAGAGUGAAAAACAUAAUCCUAUCUCAGAAUCUGAACGAAUCCCAGAAAGAUGCAGUUGUAAACUGUGUUACUUCGAGGGAAUGCCAUCAUAAUGAUACUAUUAAACUUAUUUGGGGGCCACCAGGAACUGGCAAAACAAAGACAGUUGCUUCCUUGUUAUUUUCCCUGCUCGAGUUAAAAGUAAGAACAUUAACAUGUGCUCCAACAAAUACUGCAGUGUUGGAAGUGGCUGCUCGCCUGCAUAAUUUAGUUAAGGAAUCUCUUGAGUUUGAUAUCGGAUUUGGUGACAUAGUUGUAUUUGGCAAUAAAUCUCGAAUGAAAGUAGACUGUUAUCGAGGCCUCAGUGAUGUCUUUCUUGAUUAUCGUGUAGACAAGCUUUUUAAGUGUUAUGGAUGGAAACAUUCCUUGGAAUCAAUGAUCAAGUUGCUUGAGUACCCCGAACAGCAAUAUAAUUCAUAUAAGCGUGAGGAAGAAAAUAGUGUUUUGUCAUUGGAAGAAUUUGCUAUGCAAAAGUACUUGAGUGAGAAGAAUGAUGAUCCUCUUACCUUGAAACUUUUGAAGGACUUCACUAGCUUUACAGAGGAAUAUCUUUUGUAUAGGGAUGAAAAAAAGAAGAGCUUCAAGGCUCUGGAUCAAUUUUUUAUGGAGAGAUUCCGUUCUAAUACAGAGCAAAUGGAGAAAAUCCAGGGAACUUUGCGCAUGCACCUUCCUACUUCUUUAGUUCCACUUGCGGAGAUAAAGAAAAUUCCUAUUGCUCUUGAUUUGCUAAGAUCUCUUGAAAAUUCUCUGUGCAAAGCCAAGUUGAAGCAAACUUCCGGGGGCUGUGAGGAAGGAGAAGGCAUUCUUGACUUCCUACGAAGGUUAAGCACAAAAAAGGAAGAGUGCCUUGUCAAACUGAGAUCACUUUCUCGGACAAUUUUACUUCCAAACGUCAAGGACAAAUAUGAAAUGGUGAAAUUUUGCUUGAUGAGUGCACGCCUGAUUUUCUGUACUGCAUCAAGUUCAACCAAAUUAUUCGAAAAUGGAAUGACACCAGUAGAAUUCUUAGUUAUUGAUGAAGCAGCGCAACUGAAAGAAUGUGAAUCAACAAUUCCAUUGCAGCUACCAGGCCUUAACCAUGUAAUCCUCAUUGGUGACGAAAAACAGCUUCCUGCGGUAGUGAAAAGCCAGGUUUCUGAAGAGGCUGAAUAUGGAAGAAGUUUGUUUGAGAGGCUGGUUUCAUUGGGGCACAAGAAGCAUCUGCUCAAUGUUCAGUAUAGAAUGCACCCAUCCAUCAGCUUAUUCCCAAAUAAGGAGUUCUAUGAGGAGCGACUUUCUGAUGCCCCUUUUGUCAGAGAAAUCAACUAUAAUAGGCGCUUCCUUGAAGGAAAAAUGUAUGCUUCAUAUUCAUUUAUAAACAUAGCUAAGGGUAAAGAGCAGAAACCUGGUCGCGGACACGGUUGGAAGAACAUGGCUGAGGCUGCUGCUGUUUGCAAGAUUAUAGAAAGCCUUGAAAAUGAAUUUUUGAGGUCAAAUAAGAAAGUCAGCAUAGGAAUCAUAUCUCCAUAUAAUGGACAGGUGUCUGAAAUCCAGGAAAGAAUUAAGCAGCAAAAUUUGGUUUCUGAUCCUAAUUUUUCUGUUAGUGUUCGGUCUGUUGAUGGCUUUCAAGGUGGUGAAGAAGAUAUAAUAAUAAUCUCCACUGUGAGAUCAAAUGGGAAUGGAAAAAUAGGUUUCCUUGACAACAGGCAAAGAGCCAAUGUGGCACUGACUCGGGCGAGACAUUGCCUAUGGAUACUGGGGAAUGAAAAAACUUUAAGCAGUAGCGAUUCUCUAUGGAGAAAUCUAGUGAAUGAUGCUAAGGGAAGAGAGUGUUUCCAUAGGGCUGAGGAUGACAAAAAACUGGCGAAGGCCAUUGAGAGCGAAGCCUUGCUUAUUGAGCUACUGGAUGAAUCAGAGACCCCGUUUAAGAAACUCAGUCUAGGGGGUCCUUCUCGAACUACUGCUACCACCUUCAGCAGAGGGUCUUUCAGGGGCAGGCCAAGGACACCAAGGUGGUGAAGAAUGGACUCUGUAGACUGCACCCCCACGAUGGUGCAAGAUUUAGGGCCAAAUCCAAUGCUUUGUAACAGUUUACCGACGAAGUAUAUAUAUAUAUAUAUAUAUAUAUAUAUAU